ACUGUGGGCGGGGAACGAGAACGCAAAUUGGAGGAAUUAUUUUACAUUACGCUUAUUGACACAAUUCUAGCUCAUUACUAACUGAAUUCGAACUUAUUAAACGUGGCCAUUGUUAGUAUUGGAAAAAGUUAGGUUACUUGUCUCUGAUACCCUGCAAGCGUACCAGUAGUUAUUCUAGCCACGGUACUACACUAGCAAGCUAAUAUAGCUAAGUUAGCUGACAGGCAGGGAGGCUGUAAAUCUGUCACUGAACCUCAAGUUAUCUUCUAGUUCUGCCCAGACAAAACAAUAGAGUAAAGUCCAUCUAAAUGUGAUUGCUGGGUCAAAUACGAGCAGGACGAGGCCACAACAGUCAGAAUCACUGUUGGGUAAGAAAAACAGACUGAAGGCAGUCUAAAACUGAGAAUGGAAUCAACAUCCUUGCUGUUAAAGUCCGUGUCCAGGCGAGUGUGGUCGCCCACCCAGAGGCCCUUCAGAGUGUGCUGUCAUGCCAGGGUGACCAAGAAGGGCGUCACUGCAGGGACCCUGGAGGAGCUGAGGGAGAAGGUCUGCCAGGCGCUGCUGCUGUCCAUGUCGACCAUGUCCUUGUCCUUGGUGUGUGAGGAGGACGGGACAGAGGUCAACUCUGAGGACUUCCUCAUGUCCCUACCAGACAACACUGUGCUCAUGGCCCUGGAACCUAAACAGACAUGGAGACCUGCCAUGGGUGCAGUGCCCCUCAAACAGCUGCACAACGCCAAGCCUCGCACAGGAAAAGACAUUGCCCGGGUGACCUUUGACCUCUACAGGCUGAACCCUAAGGACGUUUUUGGUUCUUUGAGCGUCAAGGCAACCUUCCGAGGCCUGUAUUCUGUCAGUGCGGACUUUAAAUGCCUCGGGCCCAAGAAACUCAUCAGAGAGGCGCUUCGCGUGGCUUCCACCCUGCUCCAGGCAGCGGGCCACAUGCUGAUCUCCUCAGCCUCUGUCAUCCGCCGCAUCAUCGAGGGAGCCGAGAUCUGGCACACCCAGAGGCCCGAGGCCGCCGAGUACUGGGACUGAGACUGCAUCUUGUCGUCCAAUAACGGCCAUUUUGUUCCAACAGAGCCUGUUCGAACAGGGGCCUGCAUGGUUGGAUUCUCGAUAUAGAUUUGCGAUGCUGUUUGACCCAGUGUGGUGUCUAUGAGCUGAUUGCGCUGAACCAUGACUACCGUGGAGAUGACUGUUUGAUGACAAUCUUUUGUGUAAAUGAUGUAAAUCAUCAUCAGUAAUGUGACACAACUGAAGUUGUGUGUGUCUUGUGUUAGGAGCCCUUGCUGCUUUAGGGUCUGCUCCUUACAUGUAUUAAUUAGGGCUAUUUUUGUUUUGAUUGUUCUGAGUAAAUAAAUGAUAUGCUGCAGAAAGCAAAACCAGUGACACCAGGACAUUUUUAAAGAUACAUAUUUUACCUCUAAGCAAACUGUGAUACUGUAACACUAUAAGAUACACAAAUAAAUAAUGAUAAACAACAACU